AUGAUUCAUGCAGUAUUGAUAUUUAACAAAAAAGCGCAGCCGCGGCUGGUAAGGUUCUAUACGCCUGUAGACCUUCCGAAACAGAUGCUGUUGAUUGAACAAGUAUACGAGUUGAUUUCGCAACGAAACAGUGAAAUCCAGAGUUCAUUUCUCGUGACGCCUCCCUCGUUGCUCAUGGAAGGCACAGAGGCCAUGGAUAGCGACGAAGGUAUCCAGAUCAUUUACAAAAACUAUGCGACGUUGUAUUUCACGUUCAUCGUCGACGAGCAGGAGUCCGAGCUCGCGAUCUUGGACUUGAUCCAGACGUUUGUCGAAGCCCUAGACCGGUGUUUUACAGAGGUGAACGAAUUGGACCUGAUUUUCAACUGGCAAGUGCUCGAGAGCGUCCUGGAAGAGAUAAUACAAGGUGGAAUGGUGAUCGAAACGAGUGUACAGAAAAUCGUGAGUGCAGUAGACGACCUGAACAAAUGUGGAACCCAAAAAUCGGGCAAAUUCGGCGCAGGUGGGUUUGGGGGGGCCUUGCAGGCGUUUACUCAGGGCGGAUUUGCAAGCUGGGCCUCGGGCCAGUGA